AUGUCACAUAGACGCUCAUGGAUGCAGUUGCUUGCUGUGUACCACUACUCUCAAGUUGCAGAGAUAGUGCUGACUGCAAUGCAAGCUGACGAAUCAAUAAUCUCUGACGUAAUUGCGGAGGCUUUUUCGGAUUCGUCGCCAAGUUAUCAAAAUGCCCAGGACCUAUGUGAGAUUCUCCUUAUUAGAUCCCCAUCUGCUGUACUCACUAGCGUGUAUUCUUACAUCUCCUCCUUUGAAGCCUCAAAGGAGAUCACACGGGGCUAUCAGACAUACUUCACACUUUUUGCCCACCUCUUUCGCACUGUCCUGGCCCGAGUGUGUACGCUUAUCAACUUCUCAUUUGAUUUGAACGAAGAUAAAUAUGAAAAGGCACACGUUCAAGCCGUUGUUUUCCUGAAAGAAGAAGUAACAGCGAGGAAGUUGUAUUCACCUGCAUAUAUGCCAUUAUUGCAGCAAGCCUGCUCUUACUUGCGUGAAGAUGGUCGCAGCGACAGUGAGAUAUUUAAACUAUUGCAGGAUACUGCCGACCUCAUAGUUGAAAGAGCGAUCUGGGCGCAGUUUUCAGCAGACCGGUGCACCUACACGGUAUCUGAGGAAGCCGUUCAUCGCAUCGUUUGGCAUCUCUUCUCCACAGAGAUCACAGACCCCACCUCAUCCAACGGUGAGAUACGGGUCAAGAAGUAUCGAAAAGCUGCAAACUGGCUCCUUAUCAAAACCUUCGGUAAAGUAGCUUCACUUUCAUCCUCUGCUAAUCUUUUGGCAAACGCAUACAGUUCUGUUAGCUCCUAUAGCGAAAGACUUAAUAUCUACGACAACGGAAUUGAGACGGAUAAUUUACUACUUCAGAAGCAUAUUAACUAUAAAAAGCAAUCCCCAAUUGAGUCGGCUAAUUGUUCUGAGUUGUUCGCCUUCAAAGGUUUAGCAAUCAAGGCUGAUGCACACACAGAAGAAGCCACAAGAAUUUACGAUAACAUCGACGAGCUAUUCAUAUACACUACACCAGAGCUUGUUCUCCCGACUUUUCGAGUGGAGAAUGGGUACGGUGGUCACCUAGAUAUUCCUAUAAUUCCCGGUCUCUGGGCUGAAGAUAUUUCUGAAGAUGCCUUUAUUUCUCUGUCAGUAUCUGUACUAUAUACCCUACUCGGACAACCACUACUCUUGGAUACCUUGUCCAUGAUCAUGUCUUUUGCCUUAGCCAAACGACACAUUACUUCUGCUCUAUCCUUUGAUCUUUUGUCGUUCUUCAUUUGGUGCUGCAAGCAGGACAUGAAAGGAAAUCUUAUCAUGUGUGCAAAGGAGGCUUUUAUUGCUGCUCAAUCCCCUGCACUAGAUUUACCUGUGGAUUGGAAUCUUCUUUCCAGCAUAACUGUUAGAACUCCACUCUUCUACUCAUUUAUGCUGCUCCUGCUCUCGCUCAUGUUUUUGUCAACCGCAAACCACCCUCUGGUCCCGUCUUCUCUUCUUUCUUCAUAUUCUGGUUGUAUUGAGCGUAAACUGCUGUCGUCAUAUGCUCAAAAUAACACUUUCAGCACCCCGAUCAUUAACUUCUUCAGUGCGUAUUCAGAGAUACUUAGGGAGCUCCCUUCCUUCAUGCGCUUGUCGUUCUCGAGCAGCGGAAGCGGCGCUGACGAUGUUGUGACCCUUCUACAUCGGUCCAUCAUGGACAUCCUUUUUAUGGUCCCAUAUGGAUUUCUUUUGCUACUGCUGAAGCAGGGCUUUCGCUCUAUGAGAAAGCUUAUCAUUGAGCAAACAAUUGUUCUCACCGACACACACAAGGACCAAGAGCCUUCCUGCACAUCGUUUAUUCCAGGCCUGUUGUACAUUUUUGAUUCAUUUGUGGUGGAGCCCCUUUGUGAGCCAAAUCACGGAGACGCUCGUAUCUUUAUAGCCAACUCAUGCCUUCAAAGCCUGAUACGUACAGGUUAUCUUCUUGAUGUGUAUAUUCUUAGGUUGCUUUUUCCUUUGCCUAACCCGGCAGCUGAGGCACCUGCUGGCUUUCUCAAAUACCGAACAAUAGAUACCCUGGUGUUUCUACAAGACAUUGAUAUGCUAUCCUUCUACAUCAACGAGUGCACUGGAGCGGAGCUCUUCUUUGUGGCAAACAAAAUGCAUGCUCACAUUAACAUAACGUUUAUUCUGGCAUACAGGACCUUCAGAGAAGGCCCUGAGUUCUGCAAUGAGUUUCUUAAGGCGUUGAAUAAAUCUCUUGAUGGGGAUGGAACCGGCCCUUCAAGCACGCGUCUUCCUUAUGAGAUUCUCUUAUCCAUUUAUGAGCUUGUCUAUACGCUACCGUGGAUGGGCACUGUGAAGGAGGCGGCUCCAAUCAGCGCCUUCUUCUCUGCUAGCUAUCCUCCUUUUCUGGAGACAAAAACGCUGGUGACAGCCUUGGGGUCUCAUCUUUCAUUAUUGGCUGUUCCGAAUGUUACUACUCACCUCCAUAGAAUAUCGGGACAUAUAGUCUAUGGUUCUAUUUUGUCUACGUCUCACUAUAAGAAGGUGGCCAGUGACUUUAUGUACUGUCUCAUUACCUAUGGUGCUGAUCCCACCUUUCUUGUUGCUGCACUGGUCGACUCCUGUUUUCCAAGGGAGGUGAAGAGUAGACUACUCCUCUCAGACACGGCUUUCUCAAUUGCUUACAGUUGUAGUGGCGUUUUGACCUCCAAGCCAUCUCAGAAGACUGCUGUUCCUGCCUCUCAGACGGGGGCAUCACCAAGCGUCAAGAACUCUAUUGGAUGCUCUUCAGAACAGUCGCCACCUUUCAAAAAUGAUGAGGAAGCCAUUUCGCAUCAAUUUCAAUCGUGUACUGGUUCUGAUCGCAUUGAGCCCUUCGGGUACUUUCAUGGCUACCUCUGCGUUUUACAAGUGGUCAGAGAGCUUAUGCUCUUCCUUGUCACUGAAAAGAAAACAGAAACACGGGAGCGGAUCUGCUCUGUCAUUACUUUGAUAGUGGUUAAGUGCAACCUUCUGCUCUCGCCUCUUCCAAUGAUGAAUAGCAUGCUUUUGGAGGGCGGUUCUGUUGACUCAGGAAUGUACUCGUGGUUUAUGACCAUGCUUUACGCUUCUCUUCACCAGUCAAUUAUAGUUCUUAACGCCAGGAAGAAAGAGCUUCUCUUAGAGCAGAAGCAGCUACUAUUAUCUAUCCAGACUAUCGGGAGCGCUCUGAUAGACCUUUCUGUAGAACUUCCUCAAUUUGAUUCUGCUUUCAACGGGCCAGAAGCCCUUGAUUCUUCUGCUUUAUCAUCCCUAGUAGAUGCUCUCCAGAAAGUUGUCAACACGCAGAUCCACAAUUUGCGUACACAAAACUUAUCUGAACCGACCAAUCCCCUCAAAAAUAUAAUCACUACAAAGACUAGUCUAUUAGGAGAUAAGGUUGACUCCAUCAAGAUCACUCUGCAAGACAUAGAUCACAAAAUUACCGAACUCAACAAUUGUCCUACUCACUACACAACGACCACAGGCCCGAUGCAGAUCUAUAGCGAUCUACAAUGCGAUCAGGUAAACGGGUGUCUGAACAGCCUUGAAAGCAAAAAGGAAGCUCUGGUUAUAAGGCGUGCUGAGCACAGCAACAAUCUAGCCCAGCUCUUGAAGGAGAUUGAUGAGUCUGGGCAGAAGGAAGCAGUGGAUAACCUUUUGCGCAUACGGGAACUUGUUUCUAAUUUCAGCAAAAGCGUUUCCAGUCUCAAUGCAUUUGCCAGAAAGGUCCAGCGUCUGGAAGAAGACACCUUUCGCAUUCGGAAUUGGUUCUUUGGUGAUUCUGGUCUGUUCUCCGGCCGCUUUACAUCCAAUCUCUUCUGGGUUAAAGAACAUAUGAAGGCUAUCUAUGAUCAAGGACUUGGCAAUCAGAAGUCCAGCUCUUUGCCAACAGAUAUCGCGGCGGCCUUUUCGCUGGAUUUUCCUAUGUUAAAUGCCAAUUGUAGGUUUAUCAUGGAGGAACUUCGAGAAAGUGAGUUCUCUGAACGACAGUACAUCCAUGCUGGCUACCAUCUGCAAAUGGGCUGUCUCUCGCUUAAGGACUCGCUUGAAGAUGCGUCCGAGGAUUUCUUAUCAAUCUACGAAGAGGCGGUCAGGUCGCGCUUUUCUAAGUGUGCGGACUUGUCUUUUUGUUGGCAGGACCCGCCUUCCUGCACCUCUAAGCAUUCUUUUUUCUCUUUCCUCGAUCAGGAAUCGCAUAUUUUUACUCUAGCAAUACGUUCCACAGUCCCCUCAGCUAACUUUGAAAACAUGCUGAUAGAGUAUGCAAAUCUCUUCACCAUCUCUAACUCUACCCAGAUAGGUGCAGAGUUUAUGUCUGGUGCUUACAUAUCUAUUAAUCCUUUGUGGUUCUUAGCGCAAUUUACGCUGGACACCAUUGAGAAGAUUGCGAGCUCUGAAGACGCCAUUCCAGCCAUUGCUUUCCUAUAUGGGGCACUGACUAGAGCCUCAGAGAUAUAUUCCCAGCCAAUCAAGGUGUUUUUAUCAUAUGUUCACAAGUUUUUCUACGAUUCAGCAACGCAAGAUUGUGCUAAGCUUGGCGAGACAACUAAGUACUAUAGCAGUUAUAAUGAGUACUAUGCAUUUAGGCAAGCAUAUACCUUUGCAAAUCCUGGCUACGCCGGGUCUUUGCUCUCUUCCAACGCGCCUCACUUCUACAGCAUCCCGGGCAUGUUAGAGAGAAUGAUAUCCAAGGUCUCUGACACAAAAGGUGUUCCUAUCCAGACCCAUAUCCAGAAACAAAAGGAGAGCAAUGGGAGCAAUGUUAGGACAAUCGGAAACACCCAAUGUGGCAUGUCGUACGGAGAUAUGUGUCACUAUUAUACGCAGACAACGCUGUUACCGAUGCUUUACUCGUUGGUACCGCGGUAUCUGUUCAUUCAUGGCGUUUUCAAACAGUACAUUGGUAACAAGAAUAACAAAUCCAUCUCUAAACUGCCUCUACUCCUCAUGAAACCAACUGAUCAGGACGCACAAACUGCAGGCCUGCAGAUUACCGAUACUGAUGGGCUCCCGGUGAUGGGGCCUCGCUCCUACUCUAAACUGGCCUCCAGGUGUAAGUCGUUUGGCAUGCUUUGUGGAAGAAUAUUCGCCCACCACAUGCCUACAAAGCGAUGUUUUGACAUUGAGAUGCUGGUCCUCAUGGGUAUUACGGCAGCAUGUGGUCUGCUCUUACCUGAUAUCAUAGUUUUUGGUGUAUAUUUAGCCUUGUCGAUCUACGAGACAAAUCCCCUUGCACAGAUAGGUGCUCUGACUAAUUAUGCCAUAUUGUUUCACUUUCUAGAUAUGCUUAUCUCGAACGGAUUGGUUACUGAUAUGCUCAACAAUGUGACUCACAUGAAGCUCCAGCUGACCGUAACAACACUUAAGCUGACUCCCUUCUUCUCCAAAUACUCGCCCCAAACCUGGGAAUCAUGCACCAUUCCGAAGAUUCUUUCCUACUUUUUGUUUGACAGACUUCCACGGGGAGAAGGAAGCAUAAGCGAGAUUGUCCAUAAGUUCCUUUCCCAAGGAACUGAUCAACUUGUUUCUGAGCUUCAACAUGAGUACAAAUCAGUCCUAGGACGGUUAAGUGAUAGUGUGGAUCUUACAAAGGAGUUGCAGUCACAAAGAGUGAUGGAGCUACUAUUAGAUCACCCUAUUUCAAUACUACGAGGCCGGAUAGAUAAGGUCAUGCACAUCCUUCUUAUUGGCAGUAACAUUUUUCAAAGAAAUGUUGACACUCAGUGCAUGUUCAAGGCUGCAGUGAAGCGAUGGACAUAUGAGCUCACAGAACGUGCUCACGCCUCAUCAAACUUUGAUGUUGAGCAGCUCAGCACUUUUAUCUAUCAUGUUGUGCGGGAGCUUCCCUUAACCAUUAGCCUUCUAUCAAGCGAGCUUGCUCAUUUAAGAAAGUUAACUACCAGUAAGAACCCCGGAGGCCAUCCGCACAUUCAUAAGUCACGCCAUUCGAAGACCAAAUCAAAUGCUCUUCAUCACAGCUCUUAG